CCUCCCCGCAACGAAGCAUCAAUUGAACAUACAUACAGCUUCACUCAAACUCCAAAAUGGCCGACGUUUCAAUCUUUAACACUUUGGCUCCGUAUCAUAUCAUUGCAUAUGGCACCCACCUCGGCGCGCAGGUCUGGCAGACCUUCGUCAGCGGCAUAACCGCCUACCAAACCCUCGAGCGCUCCCAAUUCUCCGCCCUCCAACAACGCGUCUUCCCCCGCUACUUCACCCUCCAAACCGCCCUCCCCCUCCUCAUGGCCCUAACCUACCCCGGCGCCAACCUAGGCCCCUCCUCCUACCACGGCGCCCUCGCCCCCGCAAACCACUGGAGCGUGCUGUACCCCCUGACCACGGCGUUCGUGUGCGGCUUCCUCAAUCUCGUGUUCGUGGGCCCGAAGACGUCGGAGCUGAUAAGGCUGAGGAAGGCGCAGGAGAUCAAGGAUGGGAAGAAGAGUAUUGAUCCGGCGCCGCAUAGUAAGGAGAUGCUUGGGCUCAAUAAGACGUUUGCGCGUGUGCAUGGUGCGAGCGCGCUGUUGAACUUGGUUAGCUUGGGCGCGAGUGUUUGGUAUGGGGUUUGGCUUUCGGCGCGCUUGUAGGUGGAUUAUGCGCGCCGGAAUGCCUGGGGUCUCGGGGAAGCUGGGAGUGUAUGGUUGGGAUUGGUGGCUCGGACGGUACUUGGGGGUGGAAAGGGGCUGGAGAUUAAAUCCAUCUCAUAGAUACAUGUGGAAUCAACGCUUCGAAGACUUCGUGCAGUAGAACGACAGUGCAGCGUCGCCUAGAAGGUGUUCGAACAGCCCGACUGUGCUGUUGCACGAGAAAAAUGACCCCCUUCCCCCAGUAAUAGAGUGAUGGUUCUGCGUUUGGUAUGUAGUUCUUGUGGACAUGCUUGGGAGGGUCGUUUUUGAGUUUAAGAAAUAUAUAUUUGUUUAUUACAGCUUCACAG